CAGUAAAAUUGAACUAUUUAUUAUCAAUAGAUUAAAUUUCAAAUAUGUGCUACUCAAAAGUAUCUUAAAUCUGUUCACAAAUUAUCCGCUAUUUGCAAAGCAAAAAAAUCGUAAACAUGCCGAGAUUAGAUCGCACAGCGGCUAUGGCCAUAAUCUGCCCAUAUUGCUAUACUUUAGUUAUAACGCGUACACGUGCUAUAAUUACGAGAAAAACCCAUACUGUAGCCUUGGUCCUGUGUGUCCUAGGUUUGGGGCCCCUAGCAGCAGGUGUAUAUUGCUUAAAGUCCAUGAGAGAUAUUGUACAUUAUUGUCCAGAAUGCGAUAAUAUGAUUGGAAUACAUGAACGUUUUAAUAGUCAACGCGAUACGUCUAUUCACGGAUAUCGAAGUAGUACUUAUAAAGCUGCCGUGCCUCUGACUACAAAAAAUAAUGAAAGAAAAGCUUCGAAGGAAUCAAACAAAUUAAAAAUAGAGGAAAUUUCAUAUAAUUACGUACACCCCUUAACUUAUUUUUAUUCCAAAUACGGUAAUACAAAAACACCAAAGAAAUUUGCAGAAUUGCCAAAUAAAGUGCCACUUAAAAUAGGUCAAGAAGAUCAAAACUUUGCAAAUAGUCGCGAUAAUUUAGAUAUUAAAACUAAAGUAAAAACAAAGUCUGAAAAUAGAAAGGCUCCUGCUGUAGCGGGUCAGAAUUUACACACAAAGUUCACUGAUCCAACUAGUAACUUACAUUCCAAACGGCGAACAAAAGAGAAACACUUGGGAAACACAACUAAAGAAGUUCCUAAACAGAAACAGGACAUUAAAAAGAGAACAGUUUAUCCGGAAAUAGCCAAAACAAUUUAUAAACGUAAACUUUCUGCAUCAGAGAGUGAUUCAUAUAUGGAUAGUAACAAAUCUAUAGAAUUGAGUAGUUCCGAAGAGAUUCCUCCAAAGGUCAGAGAAUUGCUAACAAAUGACAAAGAACAACCACAUGGUUAUACCGAAAGACCGAAGAAAGUAUCUAUAUUGACAGAACACACACCUGUGCAAAAACAUUCUAUAGAACUUUUGAAUGGUUUUAAAAUGAAACCAACGCAAUCUUUAGACGAAAUGAAACAAAACCAAAUGGAAUUAUAUUAUAAUGAAUCAAAACAAAGGAAAUCUGUGCCUAAAGAUAUAGUCAAAACUAAAGGUUACAAUUUGGAUGAAACAAUAUUACCGGUAACAAAUCCAGAUGCAAUCGGCAAUAAUACGAAAAUGUUAAGUAAAAACCCAAACGUUGUAUUGUUCAAAGAAGCGUUUACCCAGACCACAAAUGAUUUAGUAGAUGAGCCAGAAUUAAAUACUGAAGUAGGGCAAAGCGGGACGGAAAUUUCAGUUCGUAGUACGAAUAGUUUACUACAGGUCAAACUCGUUAAAAAGAGCCUGCACUCGGACGAAGAUUACGAAUUUUUAUUUGAAAAUUUGGAAACACCUGUUGAUUCUGAAGUGUCCAUUGUCACACAUGACGGCUCAUUUUUUUCUACCAUAUCAUUCUCAGAUUCUUUAUUAGAUGUGCUUUCAGACUCUUCCAUCACAAGCGAUGAAGAAUAAAUGACAUCAUGGACAAAAGAACCAGAUAGCGUUAAUGUCUUUUCGGCAACAAAAUUUGAAGAAACAGUUUUCCGUUUUAAAAUUUAUU